AUGGCCGAACACUCAAAAGCACUUACAUUUCUCAACAAAGGACUUGAAAUGCGAAAGACAAUUCUCCCUCCAAAUGAUCCCGAUUUAGCAAAAUCCUACGACAACAUCGGUUUGGUGUAUAAUAACAUGGGCGAGUACUCGAAAGCACUUUCAUCAUACGAACAAUCACUUGGAAUACAGAAAAUAGCUCUCCCUUCGAAUCAUCCCGACUUGGCUGCGUCCUACAACAACAUCGGUUCGGCAUAUAAUAAUAUGGGCGAGUACUCUAAAGCACUUUCAUACUACGAAAAGGCUCAAGAAAUCUGGCAAAAAUCAUUUCCUUCAAAUCAUCCACAUAUUGUACUUGUGGAAAAAAACAUUGAAAAUAUAAAAAAGAAGCUUUAA